AUGGUGUUUAUUGAUCGGGAGAAAGCGUAUGACAAUGUGCCUAGAGAGGUUCUUUGGAGAUGCCUAGAGGCUAAAGGUGUUCCGGUUGCUUACAUUAGGGUGAUUAAGAACAUGUAUGAUGAAACUCAGGUUAGGACAGUGGGAGGCGACUCUGAGCAUUUUUCGGUUGUCAUGAGGUUACACCAAGCAUCUGCGCUCAGCCCAUUCUUAUUUGUCCUGAUCUAUAACUUACCUAUACUUGGGAAGCUUCAGCUUCUCAAAACACUUUGUAUACAAUGGAUGGAUGGAGUUGCAUAUACUGGUGAAGAUUUCUAUGAUG